UUUGUCUCCACGUGCAUCAUUCAGUCACGAUCAUCAUUUGAACAUAAACAAACUCAGCAUCAGCAGAGACAACACGCUGUGCUUUUCAAAGGUUUCACUCGACGAUUUCUUGAAAAAGACGACCUCCAUCCAUCACUUUUUACUCUGACAUCGACUGAUGACCCACUAACAAGGACCAACGCUGUUUCAGCAUGGAAGAUAUCGAUCAGCGCUACACUUGGACAGCUGUCCUCGCGGCAAACCCCAACUGGCCCAGCAGCCCGAGACUGAUCCUGCGGAAGGUCCCAGCACCAGCCCUCUCCUGCUGCUCCUCCCCAGGCUCCACACCCAGGUCUCCCCCUCACACACCUCCUGCCUCCCUCCCUAGCUCCCCCUCAAGCUCUCCCUCCAGUUCCUCCUCUUCCUCUGAUUUGAUCACAUGCUCCUCCCGAAGAUCUUCUCCUACCUCCUUCAGGUUGUCCCCUGACUCACCCAGGUCUCCAACCUUCUCUUCAUUUACAUUUCCCUAUGGUAGUUUCUCCCCAGGUUCCUCACCUUCCUCCUCCUCCUCCUCCUCCUCCUCCUCCAACUCCUCUUCCAGCUCUUCCUCUAGCUCCUGUUCCAGCUCCUGUUCCAGCUCCUCCUCCAGCUCCUCUACUAGCUCUUCCUCUUGCUCCUCCUCCAACUCUUCCUCUAGCUCCUCCACCAGCUCCUCCCCUUGCUCUUCCUCUAGUUUUUCCUCCAACUCGUCCUGUAGCCCUCCUAGAUUCUCCCCCAGCUCCCCCCCAGGCUCUCCUCCUAGCAGAGGACCAGCGGAUGAAUGCUGGACUUGUGUGGUGUUUGAUGAUCAGAACAAGAUCAUCCUCAGAAAGCUGCCAAUAGCGAGCUCCCCCGACAGUCCUGAAGAACCGAGCAAGUUUUGUUCAUGGAGCCACCCUACGAGUCCUCAGACACCCAUCAAGCCUCGUCUGAUGACAGCUGGCCCCGAGCCGAAGUGGGUGAGGAACCUGCGGGCCCUGAUCAGGGUGAGAGACAGGCAGCGUGGCGGCAGGGGAGCGUUGACUUUCGAUGACUCCAGGACCCAAAUGAACAGAAGACCCCAGAGGACCCCAAUAUUAUGAGGUAACGAAGAGAAAGAAGAUGAAGACAAAUCGCACCAUGAACUGAGAGAUGACGAACAGCCCGAGAUGUGAAGCCAGACCAAGAGACACGAAGGAGGCAAAGUCAUUAGAAUAACAUGUCAGAGCAAAAGGAACCACAGGAUGCGAUGACAAACAUCUCCAGAUAACAAAGGCAUUGUUUUUGGGUGAUUCCAAGAGGGUCCAGCAGCAACCUCAAAUGAUAAAAAAAUAAGAUCCCAGAGGAGCCCAAGGAUGGGAAACGAGAUAAGGUAGUGGACACGGAAGAGCAUGCUGCAGUAAAGAUGCUCUCAUCCAGAGAAGUUUUCCAACUUCAUGGUUACCAAGCUGUUGAAGGAGAAACUCCAAAAAACUAACAGAGAAACAGUUAAGAGAUGCAGGAAUCCAGCCAUGUAGACAUGCAGGCCACAUUAUGCUUUGAACCGAGCAAGUGGAGGGUCAAAUGCAGCUGAGUACAAGCAGCUGGCAGAGGACCUCUGGUACCAACUAAACACACUUCAUGUAAAGAUGCUGGGGACGAGUUGACAGAGAACAUUUGGAGCAGAGCCACUGAGACAGAAGAAGAUUACUACAAUGAGAUUUGAUAUGAUCAAACUAUACAAAAAGAGUGCCUCAAAUAAAAAGUCAAAACAAGAA